AUAUUAGCUAUGGUUUAAAAACAUGCCUAAAGUAUUUCUGCUGGUGUUUCCUCCAUGUAUCUCGCCGUGUUUGUUGGUUCUUCGUUGUAUGCUGUGGCUCUCGUCUUGUUUUUGUGAAAUGAACAUUUGAUCGCGGGCCGUGCAUGUGACCCACAGCCCGUAGCCCCGGCAUUUGGGCAUUUGUGGAAACACCGUGUCGCUGUCAUGCGGCGCCUACGGAGUAACGUUCGUAGGCCAGCUCCAGCUGAGGCGAGCACCUGUACAGGUCCCCAGCAGGAUGCAACGGCAUCGCCUAAAUCACAUCUGGCAGCUGCUGCUACCAUUUCUGCUGAAAGCACAGUACCAUUCACAACCAAUGAUCUCCAAACCAGGACCCGUAAAUUGGAUCGAGGCACUGCUUCAGGUCCACAAUUGAAUGUACCAGCCUCUCCUGGCCCAUUUCCUGCAGGCCUGGAGACCACUAGAACCACACACACAGCCCAUUCGGCACUCUCGGUGAACAAGCAGCAUGGUACUCCCGACGUGGGCCCUGUUCCAAAGUGCAUCAUGCAACAACGCAAGAGUAUCACAAACGAACAGUUGGUUUCAAAGUUAAGAAGCAAGCACAGGCACCGUGGCUGUGAUAUGGUUAUGGCCAUUAAUGAAGCUGGUUCCCAGUUUCGUCUGCCAGGGUUUCCCAGAAGCGACGCACUCGAUAUCUUGAAUCUCGGGCUUCCAUUCCUUCUGGCGUCGCAGCAAGCCAAUGAAAAAUUGUCAUUAAAGAAAGGAGAUGAAGUCUUGUCCUUUAGAAAGACAAAUGUAAAGCAACAGGACAUCAUUUCAUCGGAGGUGCAUGCAUCGGCUGCUGAAAAUAAAGGUUCCACCACUUCUGUGGACCCUCACCUCUACACAGGGCAUAAAAAAAAUGGAAAGCCACAUAGUUACAGUCCUCAAUUUUCAAGAAGUCAGGAAGCCUUAACAACAAAGGUUUGUGCAGCUUUGCCUUGUGACACUGUGUUCGUUGCUCCUGUGUGCAAUCUUGUCGUUGAACUGGACAGGCUAACCGCAGAGGAAAUCUCUGCCUUCACUUCUCAUCGGCAUCCAUCACCUGUCCACAACAGAAUGGCACAGAAAUCCAAAGAUGCUGGAUGCUGCUCUCAAGUGACAGAACGGCCAGCGCCAGUGCAUGCCGCCCGUACCUCUGUCCCUGGGCAAUCCCAGAAACAGCCCUUGGUCCAGUCACGUCGAUUGCAAGAUACUGCUGACUUCAAAAGCGAUGCAAUGGACAUAGAAGAACCUGCACUUCACGAGCAGCCCCGGCAAAAUGAUUCCCAGCUGUCUGACCAAGAUGAGCAUUCACCAUCGCUGCUUGAAUCGAUGCGAAGUGGAUGUCAGAAAACACUGCCAAGCACAUCGCAAAAAUCCUCCGAUGUCACGUUUAAGAAGUGCAUAAGUGUCAGAUUUUCAAAUAUUGUACAAAAGAAAACUGCUGACUUGCCUACAGACGAACAUUUGCUACCAGCUCCUACUGCGUCUGAAAAGACUUCGCAAGUGCCAUGCCGUGAGCCAUCACUCCUAGGUGUCGGAAAUUUGGUAGAGCCUCGAUUGUCCGAGGCCAGAGGCUCGGGCUCGCAGGAUUCACCGGUAGGUGCUGAAAGGUGCAUCAUCCGGUCAGUAAGUCCCGACACUCUGCCGCCGCUGAAGAAGCGCAGGGUGCGGUUCACAGCUCUGCAAGAAGAGGCACUCGUAUACGGUGUUAUGAAGUACGGCCGAGGAAGCUGGAAGGAAAUCAGCAACGAUGGCUGGUUCGACGGGCGCCACACAACCGAUCUCCAUGACAAGUAUAGGAAUUUGGAAAAGUAUGGCCAUCUUCCAAACGUCAGGAGACGAGUGAAGGACAUGCUGAACGCUGGAGUGAAUCCCCUGAAGAAACUGCGUGCCCUGUACAAGCAGCAGCAAGCAACGUCACUGAUAGCAGUGGAGCCGCUACAUGGCGAGCGAAGCUCUGUGAGCCAGCGGCAGGAGCCACAAAGAGCUUUUCUGUCUGUCAGGGGUCCCGAAAGGGCCAGUGCAGCUCCAUCUUCGGACGAUGACUCUCUGGAGCCAUUCCAGCAUCAAACAGAGGCUCGAGAGGCUACCAGCUCGCCGAAGACAGCUUGCAGCAGCGCCGACAGACCAUCUGCAUCAGGAGCGCGUCCCUCUGCACUGGGAAGAUGGAGUUCAGAUACCGAGUCAGAUGAAUCACAAAAAAGUGUUCCGACCAAGUUCAAGCAGAAGCGGCGGAGAGUGCCCUUCACGCCGCUUGAAGAGGAGGCGCUCGUGGCUGGCGUUCUGAAGUUCGGCAAGGGUAACUGGGUGCGUAUACUGAACGAAGGUGGCUUCCUUGGGAGGACAGGCACACAGUUGAGCGACAAGUAUCGGAACUUGAAGCUGUAUCGCCAGCUGGAGGCAGUCGAGAAGGCUGUGAAGACUAGGUGCGCUAGAGGCGAAGACCCUUUGGAAGAACUUCGCAAACUAUCUGCCACUCACUGGAAGCGCUGACAGUAGGUUUUGCAGGCAGAUUUAUAUCUUUAAAAUUUGAUUUUUUUUUUAAAUUGAGCUUUCAUUAUUUGAAUAAAGGUUUUGAGACCUCA